GAACAUAUUUCGCGGGUAAAGUGCCUUUUCAACAAGUAUUAUUACAUGGUCUAAUUAGGGAUAAAUAUGGCAAAAAAAUGUCUAAAUCAUUAGGAAAUGGAGUUGAUCCGGAAGAACUUAUUACUAAAUAUGGCUGCGAUAGUUUACACCUCGCCGAGAAAACCGAAACAGAAGUCAGUAAUUAUCUUUCUCUGAUACUUUACAUGUUCGAGGAGGAUGUGCCAACUGACCCGAUUAUUCAGGAAGAAUUAAAAACUAAAUUUUACCAGUGGAUUGAUGCCGUGAGAUUGGAGGCUAAUAAAACUCCUAAUUUACUAAAAAAUUACUUGUUUGGAAUACACGAAAUACUGUCUGGACGGGGAGAAAAAAUUAAUUAUGAGGCUGCCAACCGAGACUUGGUGGUUGACCCCGAAAAACUGGCCGAAGCCUGA